AAUAAAAAAAAAGAAGUUAUUUUGAUAUUAAAUUCUUACAUCCAUACAUAUACAACAUACAUACAUGCGUACAUACAUACAUCCAUGCAUACAUAUAUGUAUAUAUUUUAGAGAGUUCGUCUGCAGGAACAGGUUUGUAAGAUAUGAAGUUAAGUACUCAAUACUUCCGGGAGUAGAUUUAUAAACACCCGCAUAUAUAUAGAUACAUAUAUACAUAUGAACAUACAUACACAUAUACAUACACACUUAUAAACACACAUAAACACAUACAUAUACACACCCAUAUAUACAUACACGCAUACACACUUAUACAUACUUAUACACACUUAUACAUACGUACGUACAUACAAACAUAUACACAUUUAUACGUACAUACAUACAUACAUACAUGUGCAUUUAUGAAAAAAAUAAAAUAAACGGUGAAAGAAAUAACAUCGAAAACAAAACCAGCAAAAACAAGCGCAAAAAAUUCAGAAGCGAAAGAGAGAAAGAAAGAAAGAGAGAAAGAAAGAAGAAAGAAGAUAUUUUAACGGACGAAGGAGACGACAGAGGCAUGAGAAGAUGAGGUACGUUUGGCUGGUGUUAAACUUUCUUCUGUGUACUUGUACCCUAUUAAGUUGGGCCCCGGGAUUAAUAAGGGCCAGCGAGGGGUCGAAAGGAGCAUAUCACCAUAUUAUGUGUGAUAAAAACUACAACAAACUGAUCAGACCAGCCGGACUUAACAACCGCCUCGUUGUACGACUCGGGAUCAGGAUUUCACAAAUUCUCAAAGUAGACGAGAAAAACCAAGUUCUGGAAACAAUUGUUUGGCUAAAGCACGAAUGGUAUGACCUGCGGCUGACAUGGAAUCCUGAGGACUUUGGCGGAGAGACCAUGCUCCAUAUUCCAUCCGAAGACCUUUGGAGACCCGACAUCGUUGUCUACAACAACGCCGACGGGGAUUUCGUAAUCACAAUGUUAACAAAGGCUCUUGUGUCGUACGAUGGUAAAAUAGUUUGGGAACCGCCUGCUAUCUACAAAACAUAUUGCCCUAUAGACGUAGAAUAUUUUCCGUUCGAUACCCAGUUAUGCUUCAUGAAAUUCAGCUCCUGGACUUACGAUGGUAACGAAGUUGACUUGAUCGACUUUUGCCACGGCACCGGUCAAACGCAAGUUGAUGGCAAGGUUGUGAUCGCGAAUGGCAUCGAUAUGAAAGGCUACUCUCAGAACUCUGAAUGGGAAAUUCUAAACGUAACAUCAACUCGAGAGAUCAAAACGUAUCCAUGCUGUCCAACACCUUACCCAAUCAUAUUAUACAACAUAACAAUGAGACGCAUCCCUCAAUUUUACACUUUGAACUUAAUCAUACCUUGUGUAUCAAUUUCGUUCUUGACUAUUCUUGUAUUCUAUUUACCGUCCGUGAGUGGUGAGAAAAUUACUCUGUCCAUAUCAGUUCUCUUGGCACUGACUGUAUUCUUCUUGCUGCUUUCUGAAAUCAUUCCGCCCACUUCUCUUGUGAUUCCUUUAAUCUGUAAAUACCUCAUGUUCACUAUGCUAAUGGUGACGGCAUCGCUAUUUCUGACUGUCUACGUAUUAAACGUCAAUUACCGAACAACCACAACUCAUACAAUGUCCCAAUGGGUGCGGUAUUACUUUUUGGAAAGACUGCCCACUUUCCUUAUGAUGAAGCGACCCCGUUUCGAAGAUGAGCCGCCGAUUCUGCCACCGUCCAAGAUGCAAAGUUUAAGUACCUUCGACGGAGAAGAACCCGUAGAAACUCGAAGCAUCACACUCAACUGUAGAGGAGAGGUGCCGACAUACGAGAACAUGUGUCCGCACCAGACCAUUGAUGAACCUGACCCUGGGAAGAUGGAGAAAAUGCAAAGCCUUGAUGACUGGACAGGUAAACUGGUGGAAGAGAUGAUAAGUAAUGUGGAAUAUAUUGCCAGCACCAAAAAAGAUGUCGAAGAAGGCAGUGCUGCGGUGCGUGAUUGGGCCUACAUCUCAACGUUGAUAGAUCGAUUAUUCCUUUGGGUCUUUAGUGUGAUUUGUACGAUCGGAACCGUUGUCAUUUACCUGAAUGCACCCUCACACUUUGACACUAGGCCUAGUUUAGCAGCAGGAGAUUUCGUCAAUCUUUCCUGCACUUUUUGAGCAUGUUACUCUACUGUACCUCUAAUACAUGUUAGUCUUGUUUUUGUUCUUAUUGGU